CACAGGCUAGGAGAGCCCAGCAGAAUGCCCAAUAAGAAGUGUACUUGGAAUAAAGCAUUCUGUCUGUGCGUUAAGUUUGGUUCUAAAGCGGUACAACCGCUUUGGUUAAAGCCCUACUGCCCCCAUAUAAAGAAGUGGAGUUCAUACUUCAGAGUCCAGUACCAUUCUACUCGUCUAAAACUUACAAAUAAGAUUUUGCAACGUGGCAAGUGCGUGAUGCUGAUGACACCAAGCAGAACAAUUUCGAGUUACUGACGUAUGUUAUCACUGAUGUGAAUGGAUAGUCCCGUAAUUUUAGAUCCAGUCAAUUGAAAGUGAUCAGAAUAUCAUUUGAAGAUCAAAACACUUGUUCUUCAAAAUGAAUAUCGAACGUAUUGGAUUAUUUUUCUUAAUAAUUACUAUUUUGGGUUUUUUAAUUACAUCCCGGAAUCAUCUGACGGUUAACCCCGAAUGCAAUUUGGAUAACGUGAGAAGUUCCCGCCAAAAUAUUAUUCCAUUAGGCCAAGAUGACGAAGAUGUUUUGGUUUUCGUGCAUAUUUCUGAUCUGCACAUCAGUCACUUUACAGCAGAAGAUAGAUACGAGCAACUUAAUGAGUUUUGCAGCAUAAAUUUAAAAGCUAUCAGUCCUCACCUGGUUCUUGCAAGUGGGGAUUUAACUGAUUCUGUUGCUCCUGGCAAAGUUACACAGUUUAUUGAAGAAUGGAAGAUGUAUGAAGAUGUGUACACUAAAUGUCAAAAUGAAUCUGGGGUCCCUCAUUGGUUGGAUGUUAGAGGAAAUCAUGAUAACUUCAACAUUCAUAGAUACAACAGUUCCAACAGUUAUUACCCACAGUUUGGAUCACAAAGGAAAAAUCCUGGAUCUUACAUUACUUUUAUCAAGACCAAUGAAAGGACAAAAUAUGCUUUCAUCGCCGUGGACGCUACUCUUGAAAUAGGCCCAAAACGAUUACUAAAUUUUGUCGGGCAAUUGGACGAUAAUCGCUUGUCAAAGUUAAAAGAAUUCGAUAAAAACGCCACUCAAUUAAAUGUUAAUGGAACUAUUUGGUUUGGCCAUUAUCCAUCUUCGAGUAUCUUCAAUUCCGGACUGCGUCCUGGUUUGCGCGAUGUCGCCUCCAAGGGAAUCGCCUAUUUAUGCGGACAUUUCCACACUCUUUUCGGCAUUGUACCUAAAAUGUAUUCGCGCCACCAUUCGGGAAUGUUGGAACUAGAACUUGCUGACUGGAAGGACCGUCGAAUGUAUCGAGUUGCAGUACUCGACAAAGGAUUAUUUUCUUUCGAUGAUGUUGAACAUAAUAGUUGGCCGGUUAUAGUUGUGACUAAUCCAAAACCGCUGUUGACGGUUCAUCCUUGUCAGCAGCCCAAUGAAUUAAUGGCUAAUUCGACCCACAUUCGAAUUUUCAUAUUUUCUCCUUCGCCAAUCGAAGUUUGCGAGGUAAGGUUGGAUAAUGGAGCUUGGGAACCUUGUAAACUAACAGGCCAAAAAAAUCCCCUAUAUACCGCGCCUUGGCAACCGGAACUCUACGCUAAAGGCCCUCACACACUUGGAGUGAGAGCCAAAGAUUCUACCGGAUCCGAGAAAAUUACGGAAAUCGAAUUUGCUUUGGACAACACAAUGCCACAUUACCCGUGGAGAGCACGAAUAGCUCUGAUGUGGGAUUUUACUACUAUGAGUAAAGUGGUAUUCUGGGUUUCAAUCUUCUUUUGUACAGUACCAUUUUUGUUCGUGAACUUUCUACAGAGGCGAAUCACGUAUCGACUGCUGUCGCCGCUGCGAGUUAAAUAUCGUUGUGUUAACCUACUGAUCAGAAAAUUCUGGGUUUUUUCUGGCAUCAAAAAGUUAUUCUACCCGAUUUUGGCCUACAGCAUAUACCUAUGCGUUGGACCUUGGCUUGCAGGCUAUUUAAUCGACGACCGCAUUGGUGUUGUUUUUGCUUGGGGAACUUUUUUCCAAGAUGGAAUAUUUCUAAAAGGAACUACAACGUAUUUAUACUGCGGUAUUCACAUUAUCCUAUUCAAUGGGCCACUUAUUUGCAUUCUUGCUCACACUGCAGAUGUGAGGUUCCGGGAGACAAGAACUGGAAAUAGAGCCUACAGCCGCACUUUUUUCACGAAAUUUAUGCUCUAUGUUCCUAUUUUGUUGUUUGUUAUUUUUCACUUUACCACUUGCUUGAUAUUUAUGCAUUCUUAUGGAUGGUAUACCCUACUGCUCAACCCUGCGCGAUUCUGGAGUUUGUUUCUCUCUCUCUACCUUUGGUGGAAAGCGAAAACAUUAAACUCGUUGGAUUUCACAAAUGUCGCGAGAACCUGGAACUAGAAUAUGUCGUUUUCCCUAUAAAAUUAACCGUCAUCCUUACCAAAAACCUCUCCAUUUAAGUCCACCUUUUUCCGCCCGUCUUCACUUCUUCCACUUCUUUAUAGAUUGCACCUUUAACAGUCGCUGUCAUGUUGAUUCCAUAUUUUGCCUACAUCCAUCAUUGUGAUGAUGAAGUGAAGUUGUGCAACACUUCCUUCAGAAUUCUUGUGGUCGAAUUAGUAAAACAUUCCUUUGCCGUUCCCUCACUCGACAGAAAAGCUGUAGGUCGGUAUAAAUUUUGUCAAACUUACCAAAACAUUAUUACUUAUUUACCAUGAUUGUUAAUAUUUGAAACACAAUUUACUCGUAUUUUUUCAGUGCGUUGGGGCUUAGGUGGUGUGAUUACUUAACGGACCAGUGUGAUUGCUAAAAUAUAGACGUCCCUGUGAUA